ACGAACGCAGGCGCAGCGUAGGAUGCUCAGUCGAGAGUAGACUCCGCAGCACGCGACGCGCGCGCACAAAUUAUACCUUAAUUUGCAAUGAGAAAAUACGGAAACAUGUCACCAAAAGUAACUUAUGACGACGACUCGUCACAUGUUUUAAGAGCUAAAAUAAUUACAAUGGUGAGCCUGUUCACUAUUUCUAUGGUGGUCGGGUGUUUACCCUUACUUUUAUCCUUGAAAUUUGAUUGGUUCACCAAAUCCGACGGGUCAAUGCGGUCUACAAACCGUUUCGUGAUGGGACUCCUUGCUUUCGGUGGCGGUGUCCUUUUCGCUACUACAUUCAUGCAUUUGCUCCCCGAAGUCGAUGAAAAUAUCAAGAUAUUAGAAGAGAACGGCCAGCUCUCUGAGUUUCCAAUCUACUUAGCCGGCCUGAUUAUGUGUUCAGGUUUCUUCAUGAUGUAUUUAAUAGAAGAAGGCGUCCACGUCUACAUCAAUCGCAGAGAGAAUAAGACAGCCAAUACUAGUUUUACAAGAGUGUUGAGUAUACGGAGAAAUAGUGAAGACGGUGGCUCAAGAGACGAACCUAUUAAAGAAGUAGAGGCCGCAAGAAAUCAUGGUCAUGGUCAUUUAAACAUUGCUACAUCGAAUGAUACUAUUGUGGCUACUCUAAGAGGUCUAUUGAUCGUGUUAGCUUUAUCAAUACACGAGUUAUUCGAAGGGCUUGCUGUGGGGUUGGAGUCUUCAGCUGGCAAUGUUUGGUACAUGUUCGGCGCAGUGUCAGCGCACAAGUACAUAAUCGCGUUCUGCAUUGGCGUAGAACUGCUGACAGCGAACACGAAGCGCUGGCUGUCGAUAGUUUACAUCUUUACCUUUUCCUUCAUGUCCGCAUUGGGUAUUGGCGUUGGCAUUUUACUGGUCGGUGGCGCGGGUGCCGCCUCUGGACUCUUCUCCGUUAUUUUACAGGGUUUAGCGAGCGGUACGCUAGUGUACGUAGUAUUCUACGAGGUGUGGCGUCAGGACCGCACCGGCUUCUUGCAGUUUUUCUGCUCAUUCCUUGGCUUCGCGCUCAUGGUUGUGCUCGAUCUCGUUGUUGAGAUAGUUGCAUGAACAAGUCACUUUUAAUCGACUGAAAUGUGGAGACUGAAGUAUUCAAGAAGUUUUAAUAUAAAUAGUGAAUAAUAAGAUUAAUAAUGUAUUAUCGCAUUUAUUUGAUUGUGUUCACUAAUGUUCAAGACUUAAACAUUUAUGUUCCUGAACCAGACAAAAGUUUUGUACUAUAAAUUGGAAAUACAGCAAAAAAUAUUGUUCGAAAAGUGCCAGUAAAAUAUGUUUUGGAACAUUCUUUCUAUGUUUUGUAGUACAGAUAAGUAAGAGUGGCAAUAAUAGAAGUUUGGUAAAUGUUAUGGAAUGAAUUUGGCAGGCAUUAUAACGAAGUUAGCCAGCUGCAAAACGUAUCGCUGCAGAAAUUUAGAAGCAAAUAUACAUUGUAACUUAUGAAAAUUAAAUAUUGUGAAAACAGAAAUAAAAUGCACGUUUCUUUCACAAAUUUAUUGAAAACCGUCGUGUUUUGCACGAUCGUCAAGGCUAUUGUAAUCGUUUGGCAAAUAUACAUCAGCAAGUUUGCAAAAAACUGCUCUUCCCUUAGGUAUAUAAAACGUCCUAUUAUUUUAUUUAAAAAAAAAUUACGCAGCUAUGUGAACUACAGGGUCAAGAGUACGUCAAUCUUCACACUUUAGAAUUAAAUUCAACCAUAGUAUACCUCGUACGAUAAGAAGUCCUAAGAUGCAAGCAUGAUGUGCUCUUGACUGUAGCAAAAAAGCAAAGUGUCGGAAUUUACGCAACUGAAUUUUAGUAAGUGUAGCGGAAGACUGUUCUCGAAAUGUUACAAAAUUACAAAAAUCUAUUUUUGUAUACUUAUAUUAUCAUCGCAGAUAUUAAAGUGGUUUCCCACCGGUGAGCCGAGACGAGGAUUGAAAUUUGUAUGACAAAAUUUCAAUUCUCGCCCAAACUAUCUUCGGUGGAAAUGAUCUGGAUUGACGAAGAUGGGCGAGGCGAGAAUUGAAAUAUUUGUUGAUGUAAUAUUAACCGUAUCGCUGCCUACAUAGACUAUUAUACUCUGCCACGGAAACACGAUUGCUCGCGAGCUCGCAAUAGCUAUUAUUAAUAGAUAUUAAUCGCGAGAUUGUAGGUCGUAUGAUUUACGAUUUAAAAAAGAUGGUUUCAUAUGAUGCUUCUUAUUUAUCGCUAGAUGAAUUGAACAGUACUGAAUCUUCACUAUCCACAAUCACAGCGCAAGAUCGCGAUGACUCGCGCGAGCUAUAAUGGCAAUUUUUGGUGGAAAUAAGCCGGCGAGAUUUCUAUUCUCGCAUCGCCUCGUCUCGUCGCGACUCGUCGGUGGAAAACUAUCGUUAAUGUUUAGAGCUAGAGAAUUAAUUUCUUACGUAGCAAUUAUUCCAGUGUAAUUGGGUCCUUCUUGUUGGUCGCACGUGACGACUGUUGGACGUACAUAAUAUUAUAGGGGGAACAUUGCAGUACAAAAAAGUAUUGUUGCUUUAAUUUUGACAGUAGGUAUUUGACGUAUAUGUACAUAUCGGCAUCGUUAUCGGGAAAAUUUGUUUUUUUUACUUGAUAUACAUAUACAAGAAUAUUUACAUGGCAUUAAAUAUGGAAAUAGUAUAUGUACAUAGAAGAAAGAAUAAAAAAAUAAAAUGUUUGCCUUUAAUUCAUCGAGGUAAAGGUAGAAAAUGUCUUAACUAAAAAAUUGUUUGUAAAUUUCGUAAUAAAUAGUGUUAAAGGUAGAAGCGAGAGACGAUAUAAACUGUGGUAAGACAUACGCCAGUCACGGAUUUCGGGAUACAACAUUGUGUAGGUAUCUGAUUAUCGCUCAAAGGCACCCACCCCUUCAGUUCAAAUCUUUCUUUUAUCUUUUUAUCGAGUUGGUUGUUGCGAUUGUUACUCAUAGGAAAUUAAACUAUUUUUUCGGAUCGAAAUCGGUAAAUACAGGUUCCACAGGUGACUCGUCUACCUAGGCAAUUUAGAUUCGAAAAAAUAGUUUCAUUUCGACAGUUUAUGUAUUAAUUUAGAAAUCUUAUCGUAUAUACCAUAGGUCCCCAAAGUUUUUGGCUCACCGCCCAUUUAGGCAAGAUAAAAACAAUUUCAACGCCCACCAUGCGUAUCCUCUGGACAGCAUCACCGAGGCCACUACCGCCCCCCUAGGACACUUCAGCGCCCACUGGGUAGGGACCACUUUGGGAAACUAUGGUAUAUACCAUUUAUAUUUUCCUACAAAGACAAUUACCGGCUUCAACAAUUUUGAAACCUAGCCGCUAUGGCUGCGGUCGCUCGCGUCUAUUCUUUUAAUGGAAAAUGGCACUAAGGCUGGGUUCAGAUGGACGCACAUCUGUCGCGCGUCGUCGCGUUUUGGAACGUUUAGGCUUUAAAUGAAAGAUAACGCGCGGUGCAAAAGCAAAGUGUCUAACACGCCUAGUCGCGACGAAAUCGCGUGAUCAUCUGAACGCAGGUACCUACACUGUCAGGAUAUUUACACACGGCAGCGUAACAACAGCGGCACCACUGACGCUGCGACGCCGCGGUUGUAAUCGCUGUUACAUUUGUAUACACACUUUCAUACACACAUCGCGGCGGCGCGGCGGGGUUAUUUGAUACGGCGGCGGCGAGGGUUGCCUCAAUUCUCUAAUAAUGUAAUGACGCCGUAUGGGCUGCAUUUGCAUCCGGCGCUGCGAUAUGACACCGUAACUCUUGCGGCGCCGCAGCAGCUAAAAACGCCACCGCCACCAUGUGUAAUCAGCCUUAGUGUCUAUAAUUCUAAACACGUAGUAACGCGGUAAAGAACGUUUUGAAUUAUUUUUUCUGAACGCGCGAUUUGAUAACGUGCGUUACAUUUUUGUCAUCUGAACCUUUUAGCCUAACUAAAUCGAAAAUUACUUAACAGCUGUAAAGUGACGUUGUAAAAAAUUUACAUUAAGUUAAAAUUUAGUCAAUUAAAUACUUCGUCACUAAACACGUGCAACCCAGCCAUGACCUGCAAUGUCAAACAUUUUCUAGAGUCAGUUUUUGUUAAUUAAUUACAGUUUUGACAUUCGAGUUAAGCGGUUACGGCCUUUUAGUUACGUUGGACAAAUAAUAAGAUGUUAUUCUAAUGUAAAUUCGUAAUCCUCAAACGUCAAACGACGUUGAUAAUCAACUACACGUACCCGUUACAUACAUUAUUAUGUAA